UUCGCAGAGGUCAACUGCAUAAAAAACCUAUAUCUUUGGCGUGAAAAUUCAUCCAUCAUCAACGAAGAAUUAUUUCAAGGUUAUCGGAAAGGAAAUCCUGCUCAUAAGAUCAGCGAAUAUGUUGGAGCUUAUGAUUUCCUGAAUACAAGCAAAAUUAAUUUCAAUGUAAAUUUGUGGUACAACUCCACCUAUAGCAAUCGGGGCAAACCACGGCUAUUGCGGGUACCAAGAACCUUGAAUAUGGUCUCAAAUGCAUUUCUUCGCCAAUUUAAGUCUUCGAAGAGUAGAAUCCUUCUUAGUUAUGUCAAAGAAAUGCCCAAGGCAGGGACAAGGAUUGCUCUGGACUUGUCAGAAUUACUUGGUCCACUUCUUUAUUCAUGGGUGGUCCAGUUGCUAUUACCUGUCUUCUUGAUUUCUCUAGUACAUGACAAACAGCACAUGAUACGAAUUAUGAUGAAGGUACAUGGGCUUGGAGAUGGACCAUAUUGGGUGAUCACUUACUGCCACUUUUUGUCCAUAUCAUUUCUUUAUAUGCUGUGGUUGGCUACUUUUGGAUCUAUCAUAGGACUAGAUAUUUUCAGACUGAAUAACUACUGUAUCCAAUUCUUAUUCUAUGGACUCUACAUAAACCUACAGAUUGUACUAGCCUUCUUGGCAGGGAUUGGAUUUUCUGAUGUCCACAGUGCUGCAGUUGUAGGCUACAUUUAUGUGUUUGGUUCUGGACUUCUGGGUUCCUUCCUUUUCCAAUUUUAUAUUGAGCAUCUAGACUUCUCAAGAAAGACGCUAUUCAUCAUGGAGCUAAUUCCUGGUUUCUCAUUGUACCGAGGACUAUAUGAGCUCUCACAAUUUGCAUUAGGAGGUCAUUACCAAGGAACUUAUGGUAUGCAGUGGAAGGAUUUGAGCGAACAUGACAAUGGCAUAAAAGAAGUUUUAGUCAUCAUGGCAUUAGAAUGGCUGAUUCUACUUUAUGUAUCAUAUUACCUUGAUCAACUGGCACUUGCAAGGAAUGGAGCAUGCAGAUAUUCAUCAAUUUUCACAAGAAACUUCAAAAACAGGAGCAUUCAACCCACGGUGCCAAUCAAAAUUCCCAGUUCAACUAUAACUGUGGAUCAAGAGAACUCUGAUAUUUUUGAAGAGGUCUGCAAAGUUGAGAAUUUGUUGAAAAAAUCUACCGGAGGUCAUCCUAUUAUUUUAAGUAAUUUGGAAAAGGUUUAUACGGGAAAGGAUGGAAACCCAAACAAGCAGGCAGUUCACAGCCUAUCCCUAGCAGUUGCAAAAGGAGAAUGCCUUGGCAUGCUUGGUCCAAAUGGAUCAGGGAAGACCACCGUUAUCAACAUGGUGACUGGACUGCUUCUUCCAACAUCAGGAAGAGUAUUUCUUAGCAACAAAGAAAUAAGUUCAAGUAUGGACAACAUUCAUACAAAGAUCGGCAUCUGCCCACAAAAGGACUUGCUCUGGGAUAGUUUGAGUGGGAGGGAACACUUGAUGUUCUAUGGCAGGUUAAGAAAUCUAAAGGGUCUGGAACUACAACAAGCAGUUGAUAAUUCACUCAGAAGCUUGGAUCUUUAUGAAGGCAAUGUGGGUGAUCACCUUGCAGGAACAUAUAGUGGGGGCAUGAAACGGCGGCUCAGCGUAGCAAUUUCCCUUAUUGGAGAUACACAGGUUGUGCUUUUGGAUGAGCCAACCACAGGUCUGGACCCAGAUUCAAGGAAUUACUUGUGGCACGCCAUUAAAUUGGCAAAGAGAGAUCGGGCUAUUAUUCUUACCACACACUUAAUGGAUGAGGCAGAGUUUCUUUGCGACCGUCUAGCAAUCAUUGUGAAUGGCAGAUUGCGGUGUGUUGGAAGCUCAAGUGAGGUGAUUGAUAAAACUUAUUACCUAUGACUCGACAUUUAUCUCUUGUUCUAUGAUUAAGUACAACAUAUGUAGAGCUACAAGAUUAAUAUGAUUCAAAUGAAUGCUUGCUAGAACUUCUACAUGUCGGUUAUCAACUAUUUAGAGCAAGACAUAUCUAUAAAAUCUAAAAAUAUGAGGCAAGUUCAUCCCUCAUCAGAACAUGAGGGCUGAUGAUAUUGCUUCUCAAAAAAGUUCGAUACCAAGAACCCAACAAAGUUACUCCAGCAAGUUAGCUAAUUUCCAGAACUUAUUCAGCAACCAAUGAGUUGUUGGUCUCAUCACUAAAUGAUACUACCACAGACCUCACAUCACUAAGCAAUUCCUUCACCAGUAAAUGUAUAUAAAUGUCUUUGUUAAGCAUCUGGAACUCUUUACAAAGUUAUAAAGCUAAAACAUUCUCCUUUUCCAUGAAAUCAUGCUUCAAUUAGUUCACACAAUUCUGGAUAUAUUUGACAAUAAACGAGUAGGUUUCACCUCACACCACCGGGCCAAAUCUAGAAAAUGAACCACGGAAGUGGAAUUUUCAUGUGAAUGCAUUUUGAAUUUUUUUUUAAUUGAAAAUCUAGAAAAUAUGCAACUUUGCUUAUUGCAGAAUCAUGCUAAAAAAAAGGCUUAUUUUACAUGCAACCAUCCCUUUUCCAGUGCU